AUGGACACAAAAGCUGUGAAAUUCGAUGAGUUUAAUCCUCAAACGGAUAAUUGGGACAUAUAUUUUGACCGGCUAAAAUUUUGUUUCGAGGCAAAUGGCGUCAUAACCGAUUCGUCUAAACGAGCAAAUUUCUUUACUGUGUGUGGAUCACGAGUGUUUGAAACGUUACUAGCAUUAAUUACACCUAGAAAAGCGAGUGAAGUGACAUUUUUGGAAAUAGAAACUAUUCUAAAUAAACAUUACAGCCCGAGACCGAACGAAAUAUCGGUUUCGUUCCAAUUUUAUAAACGUGAUCAAAAACAUAAUGAAUCAGUGGCAGAUUACAUUGCUCACCUGAGAAAACUUAGUUCGGGUUGCAAUUUUGUCGAUUUGGAACGUAUGCUACGCGACAGACUCGUGUGUGGUAUGCGUGAUGACCGGUUACAGUACGAACUAUUGAAACGGGACAAAUUACGCUAUCAAGACGUAGUGGAUGCUAUGUUAUCAUCGGAAAGUGCGGGGCGAGAUGUACGCAUGAUUCAAGUGUCUUCUGGCGCGACCGCGGCGGACGACACAACCAUGCCCGGUUCCUCUCGCGGGUCCGGCGGAACGUCAUUUUUGGGUUCAGAACCGAUGGAUAUUAACGCUGUCCAGUCAAGAGCUUCCAUUCGUUUUUGCUACCGAUGUGGUAACCGGCACAAUGGACAAUGCAGAUUUUUAAAUGCCAUUUGUAGCUACUGUAAGAAGAAGGGUCACCUUGAGAAGAUUUGCAUUAGUAAAAAGAAAAACAAAACUAAUACUGUUAAUUUCGCUGAAGAAUCAGAUGAUUGUUUGAAUGGAAUUUACUGUAUGUCAAGUGUGAGUCGCACGCCGCCUUAUGAAGUGAUAGUUUCACUGGCUGGAGUGCCAGUCUGUAUGCAACUGGAUACAGGAGCAAGCUAUUCUAUAAUAAAGGAGCAAACUUGGCACAAACUUUGCACACAGAUGCCACAAGCCGUACUGCGACCUAGCACAUUGUCAUUACGAACAUGGACAGACACACCGGUCCAAAUACUCGGUCAAGUAACACUGCCUGUAUGUUAUAAGGAUGUCUCACAAAAUUUGUGUGUUAUUGUGGCCAAGGGGAAUGGACCAAACCUGCUUGGUCGAGACUGGCUUGCUGCUUUUAACUUUACAAUGAAUAUUAAUUUUGUAUCAAAUACAGAUAUCAAAGCAAUAGAUGCAAUCCUAUCUAAACAUAAGGAAGUUUUCAAAAAUGGACUCGGUACCUACCGUGGACAGCCUGUGACUAUACAUGUGAAACAAGGAGCAACUCCAAAGUUCCUUAAAGCUCGUCCGGUGCCAUUCGCUAUAAAACAAAGGGUUGAAAUUGAGAUUGCUAGAUUAGAAAGUGAAGGAGUAUUACGCCAAACGUCUUUCUCAGAUUGGGCUACACCGGUAGUGCCAAUAAUAAAAAAGUCAGGGGAGAUAAGGUUGUGUGGAGAUUAUCGCAGCACCGUAAAUGAGGCAACUGAAUCUGAUACCUAUCCUAUGCCUACAGCGAAUGAAGUGUUUGCUGCAGUUGCUGGUUGUAAAUUUUUCACCACCUUGGAUUUAGAUCGGGCGUAUACCCAGGUUAUGGUAGAUGAGAAGACUUCAAAACUCCUUACUUUGAAUACUUGCAAGGGCCUUUACACUGUACAUCGCCUGGCCUUCGGGGUUAAAGCAUGCCCCGGAAUUUUUCAACGUUUGAUGACAUCUUUACUGGGUGGUAUCGCAGGUAUCGCUGUUCUAAUUGAUGACAUAAUAAUCGGGGGUCAUACUUUGCUGGAAAUGCAAGAACGACUUAACGAAGUACUAGGAAGAAUUGAACGUGCAGGACUACGUCUAAAUAAAAACAAAUGCAAAUUCGGUCAAGAAAAAGUGGAGUUUCUAGGCUUUGUAAUUGAUGGGAAGGGCAUCCAUCCUGCACCAAGUAAGGUUGAAUCUAUUGCAAAUACUCCUGAACCUAAAAACAAACGAGAACUACAAGCUUUUCUUGGUCUUUAUAAUUUUUAUGAGAGGUUCAUACCUCAUAAAGCCACUUUAUUGGAGCCUUUACAUCGUUUGCUGGAUACCCGGCAAGAAUGGCAUUGGACUGAACGGGAACAAAAUUCAUUUGAGACGGCAAAGCGAUUAUUGACAUUUGAUUUAACGUUAGUUCAUUAUGACGUAGCUAAACCUAUAACACUUACUUGUGAUAGUUCAGAAUAUGGUGUAGGAGCUGUAUUGUCACAUGUAACAGAUAAUAACGAAUUUCCUAUAGCUAUGGCAUCUAGAACCUUACAUCCUCAUGAACGGCGUUAUUCACAGCUUGACAAAGAAGCCGCUUCAAUUAUGUUUGGCAUAAAAAAGUUUCAUAACUAUCUCACAGGAAGACAAUUCUGUAUAAUAACAGACCACAAACCAUUGCUUGGUAUAUUUGAUCCGAAGAAGCCAAUGCCUAAUAUGAUUUCACCACGGUUGACGAGAAUUGCCAUAGCCUUGACAUCUCAUAACUAUGAGAUAAAAUAUAAGCCUGGUCCAGAGAUAGGUAAUGCUGACCAUUUAAGUCGUUGGCCACAACCAGUACAAAGUGAACCUCAAACACAUAUUGGUGAGGUUUUGUUAAUGGCUGAAGCUCCAGAAGAUUUUCCAUUUGAUGCAGAAGAUAUAGCUAGAGAGACAAAUCGGGAUAAAAUCUUAUCUAAAGUUAUUUAUUACAUACAAAGGGGAUGGCCUGCAAAAGAAACCGACGCUGAUUUACGACCAUUCUGGUUACAUCGCACAGAACUGUCACUGCAAGAAAAUUGCAUACUUCUGGGAUGCCGCGUCGUAGUACCUCACACUCUUCGUCGAGCAACGCUCCAAAUACUACAUAAAACACAUACAGGUAUAGUUCAAACGAAAGCACUGGCUAGAAGCUACGUUUGGUGGCCUGGACUAAAUGAUGACAUAGAACUUCUAGUUGGUGGUUGUGUUAGGUGCUUGGAAAAUCGACAUAUGCCUCCUAAGACUACACAUGAAUGGAUUACACCUUCGAGACCUUGGUCAAGAAUCCACAUCGAUUUCGCUGGACCGUAUCACAACAAAUACUUUUUAAUUAUAGUCGACGCAUAUUCCCGAUGGCCUGAAGUAUUCAUGGUAAAUAAUACAACAACAGCCACGGUAAUACGAUUGCUGAGAACGACCUUUGCAACUCAUGGUCUAUGUGAAGUUUUAGUAUCGGAUAAUGGUACAUCGUUUGUAUCAGGAGAUAUGAAGCAUUUUUUGCAGGCCAAUAAAAUUCGUCAGGUAACUACAGCACCUUACCAUCCGGCGACCAACGGAUUAGCAGAACGGAUGGUACAGACAGUCAAAGAUAAACUAAAGAAAAUGAAUGAUUUAUCUUGGGAUAUCAAAAUUCCGAAUUUAUUGUUAGGUUUGCGGGUUACUCCAUGUACAGGAACCAAUAAAACCCCCGCAGAACUAUUAAUGAAUAGACAGUUGCGCACAUUGUUAGAUACUAUACAUCCAGAUAAUUUGAAACAUAAAAGAACAGAAAUACAAAUUGACAACAAUAAACAGAUAGCAGGCAGAGAAACUACUGUGGGACAAAAUGUAAUGUUCAGAAAUUAUAGCAAUCAGGGCCCUAAAUGGUUACCAGGCAAAGUCUUGCAGAAAAGUGGGCCUUCCAAUUACAAAAUCGAAACAGAGGACGGUGUAGCAGUUAAUCGGCAUAUUGAUCAGUUGAUUAAAUAUAAACCAAGGCUAGAGAAAGGGGAAGAAGGGAUUACUGAUAUAACGUCAGAGGCAAAUAAAGACUCUAAUAGCACAGGCAGUAGUGGUACGAAUUACCAACAUGGGCAACAGGAAAAUAGGAGUCAAGAGUCAGAGACAAUUAUUGAAAUACCAGAUGCCGAGAAAUGGGCUGAGAUUUUGGGUAUCCCUCCUUCUUCGGAAUCAACAUUGCCAGUUCCAGGGAAAAUUAGAACUACGUUAAAUGUACAUUCCAGAACUCCAUAUCAAAGGCCACAAGAUCAUAUAGACAAUAUGUAUUUAUCCUAA